CGCUGCUCCGCUGGAAUCCCAGUUUAGGGUCCUCUUUGCCAACCACAGAUUCGAUGGGGGUGGUUGUCGGGCGACCCCCAUGACGUAACGACGCUCUGCUGAUGACAUCACUGAUGCCAAGCUCGUCUCAUCUGUAUAAAGAAGAUUUGGCGGCCGGUAUGAAAUGUUUGGACCUCCGAAGUUCCAGAGUCUUGAAUUAGACAGAAUUUCAGAAAAACAAAGAGUUUUUUAGGUUUCGAUGCAGGACUCGUGAGCCGGGGGUGCAGAAUGCCCGUCAUCCUCUACGCUUGUGUCGUGCGGCUGCAGGACGGACUCCCGCUCUCAGCCUCCAACGAUUUCCACGCCAACAAACAAAUUCUGGAGUGCAAGAAAAAACUCAAAGCUCUGUGUCCAACCCUGUCCAGAAAACCAGCCCGGGGGACGGCCAGACUGAGUGAGCUCUGCAUCCAUUUUUGCUCCGCGGGUGUCAUCUCCUCCUUGAUGAUCUGCCCUGACAGUUGCCCCCCAGCCGUGGCGUUCUGCUUCCUGGAUGAGAUCCUCUGGGAAUUCUCUGCUUCCUAUAACAGCACCGCCAUCGCCCUCGCCUCCCGGCCGUACGCCUUCCUGGAGUUCGACAGCGUCAUCCAGCGGGUCAAACACAAUUUUAACUCUGCUGGAGGUCCUCCGGUCCACCCGGAUCUUUCUCCUCCACCCGUCGUCAUCAAAUUAGAAGAUGCUGAAGAGGUGAAUGGCUUUCCCAACGGGCACGCGGCCUCCGGCACAGCGGUCUCCCCCACGGCGUCCGCCCCUAAUUACAGGAUGACGCCGGUCACAGCGCUGGGAAUCCUUUCUCUAACUCUGAACAUCAUGUGCGGCGCCCUGAGUCUCAUCCGCGGGGUGCAUCUGGCCGAAAACUCUUUUCAGGACGGCUCCGAAAACUCAGGAAGGGUGAUAGCGUUUCUUACGGCGUUUUCUGCAAACAUAUUACAGUGCUACCUGUUCCUGUUUCACUGCUCGGCGCGGAAGCUGAAGACCUGCAGCCUCCUGGCGGUGAUUUGCGUCUGUAACGUUUACCUGUACGGACUGCGCGACGAGUGGCAGAUCUUCUUCCACGUCGCGGUCGCCACGCUUUCAGCGCAACAAAUUGUGGUCAGGAAGCCUGUGGACAGACGCAGCGACUGUGGGGUAUGAACCCAACGGGGCCGGGGGGCUUCUGGUACCCCUGGGGCGGCAAAUCCCUCAAAGAAUACCAAGGAACUUUUACUACAAGUAUGCCACAAAAUAGGCCUGGACCUUAAAUUAUUCCCGAGAGUGGGGGAGGGACGCAGCAAUCCCACUGCUGACACAGAAAUGUCGUUGUUUACUUGUAUUUUAUAAUUAAUCGGGAUUCCUAUGGAUUUUGAUUUUUAUGCAGAAUUGCACUCUGGAUGUAUUAUUUGGUUCGCGGUAUACAGUGUUUUGUUACUGUACAGCCAAAAAAAAAGAUUUCCCUGGAGGAAAAUUUUAAUUUUUAAUUGUUUUGUAAAAAUAAUUUUUAACCUGUGGAGAAG